GAAAGAGGAAGACUCGCUGCAAGAUGCCGCCGAAACCUGCGCCGAAAAAGAAAUGUGAUCGCGUUAAAAAGCUGAAUCAGCGUGAAUCGCGUCCAAAUUCAUCAGAAAAUGUGGAUCCAAAUGCUCGUUCAGCGCAUUCGCUGAAUUCGGUAAUGAUACAGGAAGAGCAUAAAAAGCUUCUCGCUAGUCAAGGAGAGCAUCUUACCCAGGCGGGAUACACUUUUGUUUCGGCAAAUGAUCCCCAAAUCAACGAUUCCCCAGAUCCAGAAUUGCAAGAUCCGCUUGCUUCAUCUACGAUGGCGCUUGAGGAUGAGCAGCAGUUGGAUGACAUUCACGAAGAAGAGGAUAACCAAGUUAAACUGAAAGACGAUACGCAAAAAAAAAUCCCGGAUGUCACAAUGCAAGAUUCAGCUUUAAAUCUGUCCAUGCAUGCAUCGCCAAAAGUAAGCACCAAUCCAACGCCGGCGCCUGAAGUCGCUUGCAGAGUGACCGACCAGGAAGAAAUGGAGGUGUUGCUUUUGCAACCUACGCAUGACGGUGCAAGUGUUCCCCCACUUGUGGCAGAUGCCUUGGCAGGCCCUUCUAGAGCUGUUGUUCCAUGUUCUACAAAUGCCGAAAGAUCCCAAAUCAUAUUGGUGAACAUUGUGGAACAUGAUCCUGUCCCGGAUGGUGAAGUUUUGACAAACAAAUUGUGCGCCACAUGCUUGCCACUAGCUGACCAAAUGAUUCAAGAGGCUAACAAGAAGGUUAAGGACACAGCCAAAGAAGUCAAAAGCUAA